GGUUUGAACGCAGCAUCCGCACGUUAUCUUCACGAUUUUCUCGUAUAUUAUCACGUAGAUGCAUUGAACUCGCCGGUCACCAUGUUCUAUAACGCCGGCAUCGACUCGGGGGCGAUACGUAAUAGAAUAUCGAUAAAGCGCCACAUCUUGGCCGCCGGUUGUAUAUUGUUUUCAUACGUCGGGGUGUUGUCGGCUCAAUCGUUCGCGGUCGAGAAGAUAUCAGUCGGCGCAAUAUUUGACCAAAACACCGAGGAAGUGCAGAACGUGUUCAAGUACGCGUUAGCAGUCCACAACCAGAACAUCAGCAGCCGACGCCUGGAGCUGCAGGCGUACGUCGACGUCAUCAACACUGCGGACGCCUUCAAACUCUCCCGCCUUAUUUGCAACCAGUUUGCACGCGGAGUGUUCGCAAUGCUGGGGGCAGUAACACCUGAAUCAUUCGACACUCUGCACUCCUACACCAAUACCUUUCAAAUGCCGUUCGUGACUCCGUGGUUUCCUGAAAAGGUGAACCCGCCCUCAUCGGGUCUGAUCGACCACGCUGUCAGCAUGCGGCCCGACUACCACAAGGCAAUCGUCGAUACAAUAGUCCACUACGGAUGGACCGACGUCAUUUACAUUUACGACUCGCACGAUGGUCUACUCCGGCUUCAGCAACUCUACCAAACGAUGCAGCCCGGGCAGACCGCCUUCAAGAUAACUUUGGUAAAACGCAUCUACAAUGCGACAGACACCAUUGACUUCCUCCUGGCUCUAGAGAAGGACGACCGGUGGAGCAUCAAGCAUAUCGUGCUCGACUGUAACGCGAAGAAUGCUAAAACCAUUCUGGUGGAACACGUCAGGAAUGUACACUUGGGUAGACGGACCUACCAUUAUAUUUUGAGUGGACUGGUUAUGGACGAUCAUUGGGAGAAUGAGGUGACCGAGUACGGAGCAGUCAAUAUCACCGGGUUCCGUAUAGUGGACAAUUCUAGGAAAACCGUUAAGGAUUUCCUCGAUGGCCUCCGGAGGAUCGAUCCACGCUUUAAGGGAACUGUAUCUGCCCAAACAGCGUUAAUGUACGACGGGGUGCAAGUUCUAAUGGACGCCUUAGGAAGGCUCUGGAAAAAGAAACCCGAGGCUUUUAGGAGUGCUCUGCGGCGAGCGGCCUCCCUGGCGAACUCCACCAAAGUCAUCGAUUGUAACCCAGGGAAGAGCUGGGUGGUGCCGUUCGAACACGGCGAUAAGAUAUCCAGGCUUAUCAAAAAGACGGAUAUUGUGGGACUCACUGGUAACAUUUCUUUCAAUGAAGAAGGACACAGAUGCAACUUUACUCUUCACGUCGUUGAGAUGACUGUUCAGAGUGCAAUGGUUAAGAUUGCAACAUGGACGGAUAAACAAGGCCUGAAACUUCUGGCAGCGAACAACGAACGACUCCUGUCACCGUCGUCGUACGACACCAACAGAACAUAUGUCAUAACCUCCAUUCUCCAAGAGCCUUUUCUGACGCUGCGGCCAGCGGAAUACGGCCAAAGAGAAGAUCAGUACGAUGGUUUCUGCAAAGACCUCAUAGAGUUGGUUGCUGCAAAACUUGGGAUUAAAUAUGAGAUCCAUAUAGUAAGGGAUGGCAAGUUCGGAAGCGAGGUAUCACCACACGUAUGGACCGGGCUUGUUGGGGAAAUCUUUCGGAAGGAAGCAGAUAUAGCUAUCGCACCGUUGUCCAUAACGCCAGAAAGGGAGAAAGUCAUCGAUUUCAGUGAACCGUUCCUGUCAGUAGAGAUACCCAUCAAACGUAUGAAAUCACCGAAGCAAUUAUUGUCUGGCACAUUUAGUUUUCUGCGUCCACUGUCAAAGGAAAUAUGGCUCUGUGUGAUAUUCAGCUUCUUCGCGGUGAGCAUUGUAUUGUUUCUCGUGUCGAGAUUCUCCCCACAGGAGUGGCGAUCAGUAUCAAUAACGGAUAGCCAUUUGGAUCAGCCUAUAAGCAAUACUAAUGAGAUAAUCUUGCACAACGAAUUCAGCAUCUGGAACUCAUUUUGGUUCUCGCUUGGAUCUUUUAUGCAACAAGGCAGUGACGUCGUACCGAGGUCUUUAUCGGGGAGGAUUGUGGGAACAGUGUGGUGGUUCUUUGCACUGAUCCUUGUGUGCUCGUACACCGCGAAUCUUGCCGCCUACCUCAUCGUCGAACGCAUCACCGACCCAGCCAUCCUCCACUACGAGUCAAGAAUAAAAACCGAAAGUCACUUGGGGCCUAGAAACAAUAUAAUGGAAGAAGUGGAGAUCAAAGAGGAGGAAUUCAGCCGACACGUGGGUGACAGAGGCAGUGAUUGUGGCAUCGCACGCACCUGCCGAUACAAGCAAGUUAACUUCGGUAUUGCUACAAUGAAGGGUUCACCAUUAAGGGAAGGGAUAAAUCUUGCGAUCGUCCACAUGAAGAGAGAUGGCGUCAUUCCGAAGUUAUGGCGAAAAUGGCUGUCGACUACAAAUAAGCCUGUCUGCGAUCUAGUGAAAGACGAGGAAACAACCAUUACAGAGAUGACACUCAGUCAAGUAGCAGGAGUGUUCUAUGUGUUAGUGGGAGGCUUGGCUUUGGCAUUGGGAGUGGCUUUGCUCGAAUUCUGCCAACACGGCAGGGCUGAAGCUGCCAAGGCUAAUGUGCCACUCAGGGCAGCUUUACGUGCCAAGGCAAGAAUGACGUCCAAUGACAGGAAGACUCCCCAUCGUACGCCCCAACGUGACCAGGAUCGCCUUGGGUGGAAUGGCGCUGCUUUCGCCGGGUACUUUCCCGCCGGGACCCAGAUCUCCCAGGAGGACGCGGUGCAUGCGAGCUUCACUCACGUCUGAUCCUCGGAGAAGGGUGGCAUCAACAUCCGCCGCUCUUCUGUGUGCCAAACCAACAAUGUUGAUCUUUAUCAACUUUAAAGACUUACGUGAAUUCGCUCAUAGUGCUUCGUGAAGAAAAAUAUCUGGGCAACCGAGUUUAUCUUAAUUUUGCGUUUUUUUUUUAAUGUAUUUCCAGUGAAUGCGUUUAUAAUUCUAACGCUAUGUCAUUAAUUUUUAUUAUCAAAUAAAAAAAUUACUUUUAAAAUAUUUCGUUCUAGAAUUAUAAUAGUUAACGGAGUUAUUAAAUACAUUUCUUAAUGUUGCUAUGAAAGUAGAAGCUGAAUAAUAACUGUGAACAAACAUUAAUAGUGUAGAUGAAGCUUUCUAUUAGCUUUGUAACUCUGUGUGCCAUGUCCAUCAUCUUCCAAUUCCUAAUUCGAUCAGAGAUGUUCAAAACAUCUCUGUAUCGCUCUCUCAGUGAAUUUGAACUUUCUCGCGAAGUUUGUAGUUAGUGACCAAUUAUUAUCUCUCAUCCGCAAGUCAUUCGCAACAAUCUUUCGAUGAGGACAUAAGUCUAUUUUUUGUGUUAGAAAGUUCAAUCACUGAGGUAUUUUGUAUGAAUAAAUAUCACGCAGUUUCUGGAACUCUGCCCAGUAAUUGUAUCUUUGAUACGCUUGUUUUAAAUAGAAUUAAGUAUACCUGUUCAGGUUUAGGUUAAUUUAUGUGUAUUAACUACUAGUGUGUGUAAGGUGACGGAUUCCAAGAGUUCUUCUGAGGAUCAACUUCACUCAAUUAAUAAAUCAAUCAACAAAUCUAUCACAGUCACCAUUAAGUGGUUCGUGAGUCUUCAGUGCUCAGAAUCUUUGACAAUCGGGCAGUGAUGAUUCUCUUCGGACUUUAUGAUCAUUCAUGACCAUCGCAUUAGUAAGACUAAAUUUUACGCACCAGUGUUGCUACUACCCGAUGGUCAUAACCAAUUGGGUCUAGCAAAUAUAGAAUGAUUAUUCUGCCAUUGGUUUACCUAUGGCCAAAGCCUCCUCCCACCAGGGUAGGUAGGUGAAGUUGGUAAUUACGAUUGCUAACUGGUACUAAUUAUCUUGUUUUAGUUGUAGUAUAUUUUUUGUGAGUCAAGUUAUUUAUGAAUUUGAAAUUCAAUCAACUUACUUUAAUUAGUUAGUUAGUUAGAUUAGUGUUUAACUAUAUUUUAUCCCUUUGUUGCGUAAUAAUCAGGACACCAAUUUGUUAUAAGAAAUUGUUCUUCCAUUUUAUUAAUAAUAUUCCUUACGUUUUUAUAAUAUUGAUGUGUACUUAUUAAAAUUUGUAUUAAUUAUUAUUAUUAUUAUUAGAUAUACUUAGUCAUUAAUGUUAAGAUAGUAAAAGAGACUGUCCAUGCUGAGGUUUCUCUAGCGUUUAAUUGGAGACGUGAAAUACAAGCGAGCAAUAGACGUACUUAUGCCAUCUCAGUGAUCAUCAUAUAAAACGCUGAGGUAAUACGGUUCUUGCAUUGUAUUUAAUAUGAUCGAUCAUUGCAGUAUAAUAUUAAUACUUAUAACAUAAACAAUUUCUGCGGUAUGAUUGAUAGUUAUUGUCUAAAUUUAAGAUUUCCAAAUUCUCAUUACUGUUUUAUGAGUUUCUCCGUCAUUUUUAAGUAUAUGUAGUUAAAAUCUAAAACAUUGCAUAGUUACAUGUGGUGUUUAUCAUGUAGUUAUUGAUUGUUAAAGGAAAAUAAGUGAAAAUAUGAAAAAAAAUAUAUAAUUCCUAAAACAAAAAAAAAAAAUUAACAUAAUUUAAUUUAGUAUAUAAGAUACAUUUUUCAUCAUACAUAGAUAAUAAGGUAAUUAAUGAUCGAAUAAACUGUACACACUAAAUACGUAAAUUAACGCUUUUCCGUUAAAACUGCCUCAUGAAUUGACAUAUUCUUAUUAAUUAAUGACAAUGGCGCGCUAACUUGAUGCUGAAUAAUAAUUGCAAAGAACUACGAGUAUAAUAAAAUAACUCCUUCACACUAGCGUUUCUUAGACGCAUGUGAAACGCGCGCAGAAAAACUGCGACGAGCGACUACUAGAUAUAAUAUAAUAUUAUGUAAGUAAGACAUUGUAUUUCAUACAUACUGUACCUACUCGUAAGUACUUAUCUAUUUAUUAAUAUGAAGGCGCAACUAAACCGCUAGAUUUAUUUAUAAUAAAAUAUUUAGUAAUCAUUAAAUAGAUUAUUACUGAUGUUACUAGUACGUCAGCUGUUGCCGACUGUAGGCCAGGUCACAUUCAGCUAAAGCUAAAAACUCAUUUAUUGGCGCAAACACGGACCUUCGUAGCUCCGCAUCGCCUCGCCAUGCACCCGCCAGCGCUUACGGCUAGCCGGCUGUUAGCUAACGUUACUUCGUAUGCAGGUUCGAGAUAUAAAUAAUUGUCCUGUACCUCUUCUAUGCCUAACAUAGAACUUGACACCUAGCUGGGGCAAUCUGAAAUUAUUAUAACUUUAAAUAUUUUUUUUGUAAAUAUUUUUUAAGCUUAAAUUAAUGAUGUUUAUAUAAUGCAGUUAUAUAAACGAAAAGUUUAAAUAAAUUAAAUGAAGUAGGUAGCCCAAAAGCUUCUAUAAUAAACGAAGUAACGUAAACACCUCGCUGGGAAACUGUCCGGCGACGGCUCUCCAUAAGUUUUCCGGAGGCGUUUUUGUUACAAAUCCUGUUAGUGUGUUUGUAUUGGCUCGAGGCGAUACGAAGUGGAUACAUUUCUCUCUAAUAAGAGAUAGAUAGAUAAUUGUGAACACUACGUUACCAAGUAGAGUAUUAUUACAUUCGGCUGGCAAAUGUUAGCACAGCUUACUAUUUGUAUCUAAUCAUACUCAGUGUAAAUAGUUUUUAUUAAAAAAAAAAACUAAUACAUAAUAUACUUAGUAUAAUAAUAUACACUGGUCAAAAAUAGUAUAAAAAACUACGUCUAACUGGAAUAGUUGAUAAGCCGAAUUCCAGAUGACAAAACAGGUCACAAGGAUUGUAAAUUUUCUAUUCCUAUCUUGGUGAACAGAUAGCCAAUACGAGUCUGAGUAUCGCAUUGUUCGAGUUCCCGAUUAUUUUCCAAAAAUAUGCUUUAUGAGCUCUAACAAUACAAUAGAAGUCGGGCACCCUCGAUACGGCAAACACCACACAAUUAGAAAGUUUGGCCAAAACUGGAACGUACUUAUAGAUACAUAUAGCAUUACAUAUUGAAUAGAGUAAUUUUAACUUCUAUAAAGGACUUGCCAAAUCUACGCGCUAGUAUAUUGCAACGAAUCGAGAAGACAGUUUUUUCUCUCUCAAUGUCAUUGUCAUCUUUUAGCUCAAUAUGACCAAGGUAAAAUAAAUUUCUGUACCACCCGUUACCGUUAAAGCAGUUCGCUUUAACGGUAACGGGUGGUAUCCUCUCCGGACCCUUACCCGAUUUGAAAACCAUCAUCUCAGUAUUGUCCACGUUAUAUCUUAAUCCAUGAAGAAUUGCAUAAUUCUAACACACUGAGAGUAACUUUCUGAGAGACUGAGAUUCUUAAUAGAGGGACUGAGAACCACUACGAUAUCAGCAAAGCUAAAGCUAUUUAUACAUUUACCGUUGAUAUGACAUCCAACAUUUUUGUCUCUCAGUUCCUCUAUCAAGUUAUUCACGUAAAUAUUCAAGAGAUCCGGAGAGUUUAUCCCCCCUUGCCAUACACCACAUUUUAAUUUAUAAUAAUUAGAGAUCGAGUCGCUAUAUAUAACAGUAUUAAUUUAGUUUCCGUACCAGUAACCUAAUAGGGCCACAAUUUUUCGUGGGAUCUGAGCAUUGUACAAUUUGUCCCAGAGAACAUAUUGACUAGGUUGAAAGCCCGAAAGUCAGAUCAAUAAUACAUGCGUAGAUGGACGUGCCGCAUCUAUAGUAUAGUAAUUUACAGAAUAUAGUAAUUUAUCCAUAUUUAAGAAUUUCGUGUAUAACUUGUAAAACGUGAAGAUCAUUGAAGAUAUCAGUGGGGAAGACAACUUAUUGUGGUAAAAACUAACAACAUAUUAUACACAUCUACAUGGAGGGUUUCUCACCUGGUGGUAGUUGUGUAAUCGAGUUGGUGGCAUCGAUGUAUGGCUAUCAGAGGUGUUAACAUGCGACCAAUGAAAGGAAAUUUAGGCAAAACUUCCUCCAAGGUCCUCGGAGUUGUCCAGAAUCCCAUCUCUUUUGUACUAAUACAAUGAAAGACAUAUUAUCGAUAUUUCCCGUUGUACUGCCAUUAGUUGAAUUUUGUCGAUUUCUCUUCACGAGAUUAUCUCGUGAGAUACCAGUGCCAUUGGUAUCUCACUCAUCCGACCAUCAGUUCCACAACUACACUAUCCGACUACCAGGAACGUCCUCCAUGUAGAUGUGAAGUUAUAGUCCUUAAUGUAGUAUUUGUAGUAUUUUAUAUUGUAGUAAAAUUGUCUUUCGGAAAGUAGUAUAAUAAAUUAUGCCCGAUGGUUUUUAAUAUCAAUGUCAAUGAUUGAAAUAUGAAUGCUUAAGAGAGUCCCAUUGUUUAAAGAAAGCAAAUGGGCUUAAAGAAAGCGCCCAAAAUUAUAAGAGUAAAAUUAAUUUUCAAAAUACUCAUGUCCGAUAAAUCCUUUCUUUGGCUCUGCUUCUUUAUAUAUAUUUAGGUAAUGUUAUAUUAUGUAUAUAUGGUUUACAUAUGUACAUUGAUCCUUUAUCUUACCACUACAUUCAAACCAACCUCGGUGUAGGUUGACUAUGUCCUCCAUAACUCUGCCGUUGGGAGAAAUGCUAUAGCACGAGGUUUACACAUCCGUGCCGAACUAUUUACUUCUUUCUCACUACAUGAU